UUUAUUUUCUGAGAUAUUGGAUAUGGGUGGGAUCAAAAUCUAAUCUUAUUUAACUCGGAUCACUGUUACAUCAUCUCUCAGUACAGUGUUUUCUUCAUGUCUGAAGCAAACGAGAGAAGUAGAGAAAUGAGUAGAAGUAUGUUCCCAAGAGAUCUGCUUCAGAGAUAUACCCCUAUCUCAGCUAAAGUUGUAAAUGGUAAAGAAGUAGACGAGGAGAUUGAGUUGGAUCUUAGUUUAUCUCUUGGCGGGAGGUUCGGAGUUGACAAAAGCAAGCUCGCGAGAUCUUCCUCUGUCGUGGGCCCCACGAUGCCUUUUCCCCGGGAGAAUCAUCAGCCAGAGACAGAGAUGAGGCCUGUCGAGACAUCCGUGGCGGGACAUAUGGGUUUGCCGAGAACGACGUCGUUGCUGGUGGAGACGGAGGAAGAGUGGCGGAAGAGGAAGGAGAUGGAGAGUUUAAGGAGAAUGGAGGCCAGGAGAAGGAGAAGCGAGAAGCUUCGUGGCAGAGGCAGCGGCAGCGGCGGAGGGAACAUCAUCAAACCAACCGAAGCUAAUAAUGAUAGUGUUCCGGGAGAAGGUUCCACCACUACGAGGCGGCGAGGUAGGCCGCGGUCGGUACUGCCACGGUGGUCAGGGACGGCUAACGAAGCAUCUAGCGAAGAAGCAAGAAGCUUACCGUCGCCACAGCAACAACAUCAACAGGGAGCAAUGGCAAUGCCGAAUAAUGGGCUAAGAAGAUUGAGUUCAGUGGACAUGAGGAUAGAGCCGCCACCACAAGGGAACGGUAAAAAAGAGAUGCCAUGUGUGUUCACCAGGGGAGAUGGACCUAACGGGAAGAGAGUUGAUGGGAUUCUUUAUCGAUACGGUAAUGGAGAAGAAGUGAAGAUCAUGUGUGUCUGCCAUGGUGAUAUCUUGUCUCCUGCUGACUUCGUUAAACAUGCUGGUGGUCCUCAUGUUGAUCAUCCUCUUAGGCACAUUAUUGUCAACACUUCUUCUCUUUCUAAUCUCUUUUAGAAACCCCCUAACUCUUCAUUUGAUCCCUUUUAUUUUUAAGGCCAGAUUUUAGA